CUUUUUCACUCGAUCUCUUCGUGGUGAGGCCAUGGCCGUUUUACUCUGUAACAUUUUUCUCCCCGCGAAAGUUACUUGGAUGAAUCUUUUGCUCUGUCUUCCAUGUUUUUGUCUUCUGUAAUUUCUCUCUCUAGAGUUUUUUUUCUCUCUCUUCAGGACCGAAUUUCUUAGUUUCCAAUUCGUUCCCUUCAUUUCGGAAUACGAACGUUGUCUAUGGUUGCUACAUGGAAUUUAGUUCGUAUCAAUGGUGAUAGACAAACCCUAAUUCGGCCAUUGAGAUGGCAAUUGUUACCGGAGAUCGAUAUUUGGAGAAGUUGGUGAAGUUUGUGGAGGAACACGCCGAUCCUCUGAUUGAAGGAACUUCGGUGUUGAAGCUAAAUCCAGCGGGAUUGCACUAUGUGCAGUCGAGGUUGGAGGCCUUACAUGAACUCGAGAGUCUUUUAACCGGAGCUCCAGUUGACUACCUUCGCGCUUAUGUCUCCGACCUUGGCGACCACCGCGCGCUUGAGCAGCUUCGACGAAUUCUGAGACUGCUCACAUCUCUGAAGGUCGUUUCGGUGCUUCCGCAGCCGUUGCGAGACCCGACGCCGCUGUCUCUGUUGCCGUUUGGAAGUCUGAAGGUUUUGGAGCUCAGAGGAUGCGAUUUGUCGACCUCGGCGGCGAGAGGAUUGCUGGAGUUGAGGCAAACCUUGGAGAAAAUCAUUUGUCACAAUUCUACUGAUGCUCUGCGGCAUGUGUUUGCAAGUAGGAUUGUGGAGGUUAAGAACUCUGCACAAUGGAGCCGAUUGUCAUUUGUUUCAUGUGCGUGCAAUGGCUUAGUUCUCAUGGAUGAGUCUUUGCAACUUCUACCUGCUGUUGAAACCCUUGAUCUGAGCCGAAAUAAGUUUGCAAAAGUGGACAAUCUUCGCAAGUGUGUGAAACUGAAACAUUUGGAUCUUGGUUUUAAUCAUCUAAGGACAGUUGCCUCUUUUACUGAGGUCCCGUCGAAUCUAAUUAAACUUGUUUUGAGGAACAAUGCUCUAACUACAUUGCGUGGGAUUGAGAAUUUGAAGUCACUUGAAGGGCUUGACGUGUCCUACAAUAUAAUUUCCAAUUUUUCAGAGUUGGAGUUCCUUGUGGAUAUUACAUCUUUACAGAAUUUAUGGCUAGAGGGAAAUCCCUUAUGUUGUGCUCGGUGGUACAGAGCACAUGUGUUCAGCCUUUUCUCUUAUCCGGAUAACCUGAAGUUAGAUGACAAGGGAAUCUGCAAAAGAGAAUAUUGGAAGAGGAAAAUUAUCAUUGCUAGCAGGCAAAAGCGACCUGCCAGUUUUGGAUUUUAUUCCCCUGCAAAAGAUGGUGCGCAAGGAGAGGGAAGCAUAAACAGGAAAAAGAAGACAAUUUCUCGAAUUGCUUCUAUUCAGAGUGAGGAAGAGAGUACUUAUUUUUGUUCUGACCAGGAGUCCGUAUGCUGUGAUAAUGAGACUGAAAGCAGAGGGGAAGCAGCAUUAUCUGAUAAUGAAGUUGAAGCAGUUGAUUUGAUGAAGAAAAUUGAAUUUAUUAAGAAAGAGCGUUCUGCACUUUGGCUGCGAGAGUUCGAGGACUGGAUGGAUCGUGCUCCUCCAAAUACUGUGAAUGGCAAUAUCAACAGGGCUAUUUUGCACCCUGGGAAAGAAAAUUAUUUGAAAAGUAGGAAAACUUCACAUCAUGUUGGUGAGAGUUCAAGAUAUAAGUCAGAGUCUAUUCAGGCAUCGGGAGAUGAAAGUAGUACAAAUUUUGUGGAGUCAGAUAGUUCCUUUGUAGAACCUAGUGGUUUGACUACCUCCCAUUACUUUGGCCUGAAUGGGACUCUGGGGAAUGAUGUCGAAGUGCCCUUAUCUAGAACACAGAGAUUGGAUCAUAAAAGUAGUCACCUUAGUUCUUCAUUUGAAGGAAUCGAUAGUCCAUCCACCCAUGUGAAAAGCUUUCAUCCUUCGUAUAAUGGGUUCCAGGGAGGUCAAGCAAAGGUUGAAGAUGGUAGUAUGUCACCAUUGUAUGCCAUUGAUAGUAUAUCUGAGUCUCACUCUUCCUCAGCGUUCCCUAGUUCACCUCCCCAUUAUCAAGAGGAUAUUCUUCACCGCCGACAUAACUUCAUGGAAGAGAUUUUGCAAUUAUCUGCAGAGUCAUAUUCAGUUCCUUCCUCUGAUAGCUAUUCCAGCAGUAGUGAGGAUGAUAUCUUUCCCUUUGAACCAUUAAUGCAAGAAGUUAUUCAACCUACAGAGGAUAACUCUAUACGUGGAAGUGCUGAAGGUCAAUUGUCAUUAGAUCAUAGUAAAGGUGGUACUUCUAAACAGUGUCAUGAACAUCUGGUGGGAGAAAAUGGCCUGUGCCAUUUUGAUUCAUCAGUUGAUCAAAUAUCUAGCAUGCAGAAGUCUGUUUUGCAAGGCUCCAGCAUGCAGUUGCCUUGCAAUGUUUUUCCUGCUGACGCUCAUGCCUAUGGAACUGAUCAUUCAAUCCAAUAUGAGAACAGUAAGCUGAGGAACAGAGAAAGCAAAAGAAAAGUGAAAAAAAGAGUUGUUUCAUUGUCAGGACAUACUGUAGUUGGAAUGACAGACAAGCACAAAAGGACAAGUUGUGAUUGGAGUGUUUCUGGAGCUGAUAUGGAAAUUGAACUGGAAAAUGAUAAAUUUAUUGAAAACUAUUUCAAUUUAAAUAUUGCAGAUUCUGGAGUUCAUGAAACUUGUCGGCAGUAUCUCAAAUGCAUUUGUAUACUUGAUUCUGAGCACGUCUACAGAAAAGUGGUUCUUUUACUUAGUAGUAGAAACAAGUUGUAUGUACUUAUUGUUCGAGCGGCUGGAGAUGGUUCAGGAGCGAUUCUUAUUUUAUCGGAUUGUCACAAUGUUGAAGAUAUUAAAGAGGUCUUUGUGGGCCUGGGGCUUCAGGUUGUGAGAGUUUGCAUGGAGAGAAGCAUCAAAUAUUUGUUUGUAACUAGAUGCAUUGAGAAAUCGAGACAAUUACUUUGUAUGUUGCAAGUAUCUGACAUUGGGACACCUAGUGACAAGAGCUUCUUAAGAAGUUUGGAGCAGGUCCAGGUUGAAUUGUUUGAAAAACAAAUAUGUGGAGGUGCAAAAGCUAACUUACUUCAAUAUUCUAUGGUGCUAUUUUGUUGCAGUGAGAUUCAAGGAGAAUUGUGGCGUCCUCGAUCCUUAUUUAUUUUUGAAGGGCAUUUAGUUGUGUGCAUCGAGGACUUAAUGCAGUUAAUGCAAUUCGAUUCUUUCUCCAUGGAAGGACCGUUACCUCCAUACUAUGCACUCGAUUCAUGUUGCUUGAUUUCCGACAUACUUGAGAUGGUUGUUGACGUGAAGGGGGCGUUGUGUGUGACUUUAUCUUUAAAAUUUGCAUCAUCAGAGUUCUCCUUGGUCCCCAAAUCCGACGAGGAGGUCACCGCCAUCAAGAAGGAGACGUCAUCACUGUGCUCUACGAAAUGGAAGAUCAAAUGGUUCCAUGAAGAAAAUCUCCUUAAUUUCAUUGCACUGGCGAAGGCAAUCCACCUAGGAAGUAAGGAGUCCCCCUUGCCUGUAAGAUAUUUAUCAUGAUUGGGGAGGCUGGAGAAAAAAGGUACAUAGGCAAUGGCUGUUCAUGUUUUUAGGUUCUGAUUCAAUUCAUUCUUUUAUUGGCUCUAGUGUGGUGAGUGCAUUCUUUUUAGUUUGUUGCCUUUGGAUUACUAAAUAUUCUACCAUGUAUAUAUUUUGUACAGUGUAUAACACUAUAGGUAGUUGAAAUUAUUUAUUUCCUUUGUU